GCUCAGCACACUCGGGUGCCAGAGCAGGUGCGCCGAGGUGAGGCAACGCGGAGAGCUCGGGUGUUUCCGUUGCGGCUCGGCAGUAUGGAUGUGGGAAUGCGGUUGCCGGAGCCAUCGGGCAUUGCUGGACACUCGGUGGAGAUGUGCGUACAGAAACAGGAGCCCUCAGCGGUUGGCUGUAGUCCACGUUAACGGGCUGUUUUGGGGAUGUGGUUUGGAUCCCCGGACGGCUGGGUGUCGCUCGGAACAGGGCAGCUGGGGUUUAUUUCCCCCAUUUUCCCGGGGAUUUUCUAUCUUGUAGGGGAGACGGAAUGAGAGAGAAGCCAAGAAGGAUUCCCCAGCACUAUGGAGCCACGCAUUGCAGGCAGCGUGACAAUGAAAUAAAAUGCAAAGCAUCUGACACUCAACUGUAAACCUUUACCUGGUGCUGCUGCAGGACUGACGAUACGUGACAGCAUCAAGAUCUACUAAUGUCCCACAAUUGUGGAGUUUGUGAAGCCAACAGCAGCAUCAUGUUCUACGGUUCUUCCUCUGGGGCCAGUAUGUCCCUACCAUCCAAGAGCCGCCUGAAACGCCAGAGCAGGACCUUCACACAGGUCCUGUACCGCACUCUGAGUUACAGAGACCGUGUCCCAGUAGAAACUGGAACAAACACUCGUGGGGACAGGCGCUCCACGAACGAUCCCCCAGAGCGACCGGCGGACGACCCAGCUGAACUCUCCACACAGAGCUCGGCCCCUGGGGUGCUGAAGAUUUUUGGAGAUGAAAUUUGUGCUGGUGCCAACUACAAGAGCGUCCUGGCCACGCCACACUCCAGUGCUCAGGAACUGGUCAAAGAGGCACUCGAGCGUUACUCGCUCAACAAGAACGCUGCCCACUCGUACGUCCUGUGCGACGUGAUCGGGCAUUUUGAGGGGGGAGGCGGGAUAGGAGGUGGCGGGUGGCGAACUGAAUGCUUGCGUGCGCUGGGGGACAAUGAAAAGCCACUGUUGCUCCAAGAGCUGUGGAAACCCAGAGAAGGACACGCUCGCAGAUUUGAGCUGCGCAGGAGAGCAGAGGUGGAGGAACUCAACGCCAAGGAGAAGGACACCAUCACUGCUGAUAUUAAUGCUCAGGCUCGUAAGCUCCAGAGGAACAGGGCGAAGGGGACGCUGACCCUGCCACGGUCAAGCAACUCAUCCUUCUGCCGCAGCCUCAGCGAGACCAGCCUCAACCAGCUGGGAGUGGGAGAGGAGCCCAAACGUUAUUACUCCACCCUGCCAGGGCCCUUAAGGUGUCGAGAACGUGAGGCGGCCUCCAGCAGCCGGAGGAAAGAAGAGGGGAGUCAGGGGGGAGGAGGGGUGAGGCACUCGCUUUACCAGUCCCCUCACAUCCUGCUGCUACAGGGAUACAAUCAGCAGGACUGUUUGGUGUACCUGCUGAACAGAGAGCAGCACACAGUCGGUCAGGAGACUCCGUCAGCUCGCCCCAACAUCUGCCUCUUUUCUCCUGACAUCCUGCCCCUCCACUGCCGCCUGCGCAGAGUCCCCGCACCCCGUCGUCAUGCCAAUAACAACAACAAGGGUGAAAAGCUGGUUGAGAGUCAGCGGUUCUCCGUUGCUGUGGAGCCAGUGCUCCACGCCACAGUUCUGGUGAACUUUUCCCGCUGCGAGCGCUCCACCACGCUGCGUCACGGUGACCUCCUCUCCUUUGGAGCACAUUACAUCUUCCUGUACAAAGACCCCACGGGCGCUAAGCCUUUGCCGGCUCAGACCUUGGCACGCCUUCGCUCCCUGGGGCAGCUUUACGAUACAGGGGUGGAGGAGGGAGACAGUCAGACAUGUAAGAUGUGUGGUUCUGUGCUGAAGGACAAAGCAGCACAGGUGUCAAGUGCUCCGGCAGUCAGACGCAGCUUCAAACCUCACCUGAUAAAAUCCCGCAGUGGAGCGCCUGCGGUGGGAGGGCCCCUUGGUUUGUCAGGAGGGGAAGGAGGAGGAGGAGGAGGAGGAAGAGGAUGUCAGAAAAGAAGGCUACAGCUGGAUUUUGAACAGGCUCACGAAGACCAGCUGUUAAACAGGAUUGUGUCUCUUAUAGAACCUGGAGGAGAUGACCAUAAGCUGACACCUGCCUACCUGCUGUGUCUGUGCAUACAACACUCUGCAUCAACCUUCCCACCCGGGAGUUUUGGAAAACUGUUGCUGAAGAUUGUACGACGAAUCCAGACCAUUGCAUGGGAGAAGACAAAGGAGCUGGCUCAGAAGCAAGCUCAGCACCAGGACCCGGCCUCCCUGUCUCUGCUCAGUAUCUCAGACUUGGUACCAGACCUGCAGACCAUAUUCUUCUGGAUGUCUAACUCCAUCGAGAUCCUCUACUUUAUACAGCAAAGAGCACCAGCAUACACACACAGCAUAGAGACACUGCAAGGGUCAAAGGAGUCGUUGCUAUCGGCAACCAUAUCAGCCAAUGAGGAGGCAAUGACUAUCUUGGAAGAAGUGAUCAUGUACACUUUCCAGCAAUGUGUCUACUAUAUCACCAAGGCUCUUUAUGUAGUGUUACCAGGGUUGUUAGACUGUAAUCCAUUCCCGGUCGACAGCUCUGAGCCCUGUUGGAAAGGAGGUGUAGGGUUUCCAGAACCCAUACGCAGGGUCCUGCAGGUGUUUCAGAAUACCCAGGAGCUCUUGCAGGGCUACCAGGUCCACCCGGAGAUCCAGGCUCAGAUGUUUGCAUACCUCUUCUUCUUCUCCAAUGUGUCGCUAUUUAACCAGAUGAUGGACAAAGGUCCAUCUCGGGGUUGGUUCCAGCGCUCCAAGGUGUUGCAGAUUCAGGCGUGUUUGCGGAUGGUGAUGGAGUGGGCGAGCAGGUCGGGUCUGGGACAUCUGGCUGACAAAUUCUUCACCAAGCUCAACAGCACUGUGUCCAUUCUUGCCACACCCCCUCAACAGCUCACACAGUUGAGUUGGCGAGCUUUGUCCAGUGAGCACCCGACUCUGAAACCUGUCCAGCUGCACAGGAUUCUCACCCAGUACCAGCUCACAGCAGAGAUAGGCCCAGUCCCAACGUGGCAAGCCAGCAGCGAGGACGAGGCAUAUAUAUACAGAACAGUGGACCUCCUGGAGAGCUUUGAGAACCACCCUCCCAUUGUGCUGCCCAGCGCCGGCUUUAGAGUGGACCUGGACAACGAGUGUGUAGAAGACAGUAUCUACAGACAGCUGCUUUACAUCCGCCACUACCUGUGGGGGCUACGCACCAAGACGCAAACACACACCAACACUCCCAGUGUGCAUACACACUCCAACGGAACCAACACAGCUGAUUGGCCGGACGUUCAGAGAGAGUUAUUGCCUCCGGCCCACAGCAGUCCCCGCUCUGGGGGUCCUGGGGACGAGGUGACGGCAGAGACAGGAGAGGAGAGAGGACGGGACAGACCCUCAGGCCAGUCACACACACACAGCCUCAGAAGGAAUGGCACCAUCCACCACCCUCGAACUGCAAAUCCAGACCCGUCCUGCCUCUUGACCCCUCCCCACACCCCGCUGUACCCGGACGGAGGAGGAGGAGGGGGAGGGGGGGGGGCUGGGCCGAUCAUAGGCCCCAACACCCAGACAAACGGCUGCACCAGCAGAACUGUGGCAGAAAGUAAAAAGACAAACGGACUCAUCACCAAUGGACUGGAGGGGUGUAUUAGUGGGUGUGAGUUUCCUUUCCCUGUAUCCUCCCCUGGCGCCCCUCCCCUUCCUGAUGACUUGUGUGUGGUGUUUGUAGUGGAACUGGACAAGGGACCCUACGGACUAGGCAUGGGACUCAUAGACGGCCUGCACACUCCUCUCAACGCUCCAGGCAUUUACAUCCGGACUCUAAUCCCUGAUGGACCUGCGGCCUCCGAUGGCAGACUGAGGAUCGGUGAUCGUAUCCUGGCUGUUAACGGGACCAGUCUGAUAGGAGCAGACUAUCAGAGCGCGGUGGAUCUGAUACGCCUGGGAGGAGGCCGCCUACGUUUCCUGGUGGCCAAGUCCGACCCCGACGUCUCAGAGAAGAUCAGUGCCUCCUCCUGCUGACCAUCUCUGAGCAACCGCUGCCCAACUAAGACGAGCACAACACACUACACGGGACUGGAGAGAGGGGGCACUGUACCCAUUUGGAGGGUUGGAAGUUAGAGGGCCGCUGGUAACCACCCGCACCAUGGUGACAGAGGACUGAGGGGGGUUCUGGAGCACGUGGAUGGGCUGGAUUUGGCCACCACCUGGAACUAAAGCAAGAGCUUUCCCCGGGCCUGAGGACAUGACAGUCGGGUGAGGGGGUGCAGCCAUGAUGACAUGCUGAGCACUGACUGGAGAUCCUACGUAGAGACAGACACAUACAACAAUUUACCUGUUUCACAAUGUCAAUGAAAGCCUUCUUGUGUGUGUCUUUGAAUGUAUUUUAUGUGUAUAUAUCUGUGUCUGAGUGCAGGCUCACCUGGGGCACUCUGAGAGUACCUAUACUCAGGUACAGAUGCCAGUUUGUUAGCCAGCUGUUCAUGGUGGUCAUGGGAGAUAGGAGAGCCUUCCCUGCUCAGACAUUCAGGAGUCUGCAGCCCGCUGGAUGGAGGAGAAAGUAGUCCCUGGUGGGUCGGGGAUGCAGGGGCACUCCUGAAAAAGAAUGUAAGAAGGCAGAAGGAAAAGGCGAGAGAGAAAAGACAUCCAUCAAUACAUCAAGAGACUUUAUACAGAGCUCCAUCACUGCCAGUAGCUUCUGCUGAACACAUUUACCUAGAAAUUAGACUUACUUUGUUCUAUCCAAUCAAAUGAUAGCCAGGAGCAAAAGCAGAGAGAAGGGAGCAAAGGUUAACUGAGUUACAUCAGAAGCGACAGAGCAUGACCGAGUGUGCCUGACUAGUCUUGUAUGUGUGUGUGUGUGUGUGUUUACCUAGAAGAGAGAGGUCCAAAUGGCGUCCUAAAGCAUGCCACCCCUCUUUGCCGUCUUUUCCUGAAGGCUUGCUCUACUAGCUUGCUCUCAGAAGCAGAAUCCACACGCCAAAAACUCCCUUUCCCAGGCUCAUCCUGAGAGCGGGCCACUUUCAGAAAGUAGCGGUUGAGAGACAGGUUGUGUCUGAUCGAGUUCUGGAGGAAGGCAAAAUAAAUAGAAGUAUUUUACCAGUGGAGACAGAAAUUUCAAUUUGAAAGAUGUCAAAGAACUUAUAUUCUAUGGCCUAUGACCCUAAACAGGACAUUUCAGGUCACAAUUUCUGUCUCUUCUUAUGAAAAGACAGUAGCUGUCCAAUAUAACUGUUAUAGUAAGUCUUCCAAAGUCAUCAAAUAACCUUAAUCUUCUAAAUUAUACUAGGAUAACCUUCACAUACUCUGUGGCUGUGAAUAGCCGCGCCAUUGGGGGUGGGUCAAAGGGUACAGAUGACCCCGGCCCAAAGGCCCAGGGGGUGCCCAUGCAAAGGUCUAUGGUUGACCCUUAAAUGGGAUCAAGUACAACAAUUUAGUUACCAACCAAUAUCAAUGCCAUUCUAAUGUCUUUCAAUAUAGUUAUUGUUAUAAUUAAAACACAUGGUGCAGUUGAAACACAUGAUGACAUAAGAUGUGCUGAAUACACACACAUGUACCGUUAAUGUGAAGUGAACUGACUACCUAGGCAAAAAAUACCUCAACUAAAAAUCAGGGGCUCAAAAAAGAAAGCCAGAGAGAACAAGAAAGUGAAAGAAUCAGAGACAAUGGCAAAAUUUCUGGCCAAAAAAAAAAACAAAA